CAUGAUCAGUCAGUCAUUGUUAUCAAGUUGUCAAAGUGAGACGAAGCGACUUGUGAAAUAACGUCGUUUGUAAAGUCUUGAAACACUACCGCUCUUGAGUUUAAUAUAAUUGUGUUCUAAGUACAAAAUCUAAUCACUGUAGUAAAAUUUUAAAAGACCUCAUAAUUUAAAAAUGCAGAGCGCGUCUGAUAUAAUAUCUUCCCUAUUGUGGUUUAGAGACGAUAAUUAUCAAGACGAAGAAAACAAUGCACAAAUAAUAGAACAAUUUGUUCAAAACGUUGAGGAUUUUAGCUCUCAGUAUGGAAGUGAAAUUAGUGUUUCAUACACCGCCUUCAAUCUUCGUGGGCCACCAUCGAACUUUCCCGAUUACGGAGACUAUCCGCAAGCUUUUGUUAUGAGAACAUACGGGAAAUGGUGGGAUGAAGCACCUUCCGUUCAAGAAGACUACAUGCCACAGAAUAGCCGAGCAAUACCUAGUCAAGAUUAUGUUGAAGUUUCGUUCGAAAGAUCAGUAUAUCCAUUAGAAGUGGCCAUAUUCGAGACAUACAAUCCCGGUGCGUUGGUUCGUAUCUGGGCAUUGGGUACUGGGGCCUGGUUCCUGCUGUGGGAAGGGGAGCCGGAAUAUGCCGGCGACAAACCAAGAAUAUUUAGUCCGCCUAUAAAACAAAUAAAUUUUCCGACAAGGGUCCUUCGUUUAGAGUUCAACCAUCGUUUGCUACCGUACUACACGGAGUUAGAUGCGGUGUUACUUCGUGGGAAAGAACCCGCUAGUGAGAGCAAGAUGAAGAAUAACUUUGCCUACUCCACGUUGUUUUACAAGAAAACACAACCGCAACCUCAAAAUGGUCUCCUAAAUAAAGUGAUAGCUUCAAAUCUGCACGAUAAAGUUGUUCCACCAAUGUUGGUGUCACAGAAGGAGCUGCUAAUUGACACAGGACCUCCCCUUGGCGAUUUUCAAAGGCUACCGGACGAAACUAUCCUAACUAUAAUGAAGUAUCUAGACAUGCAAUCGUUGAGCCGUUGCGCUCAAGUGAACCGUCACUUCAAUAGACUGGCGUUGGACUCUAUUCUUUACCGGUGCAUUGACUUACGACCUUAUUGGCAUUGCGUUAGGUCACAGGUUCUUGGUAUUCUGGGGACGCGGUGCAAGUUCCUGCAGAAGCUGGACCUGUCGUGGUGCGGCAGCCAUUGCAUGAUACAGUCUCAUUAUGUAACAAAAUUCCUGAAACAGAACUGCUCAGAAUUGACACAUCUUAGGAUGAACUGCUGUGAGUUCGUUGACAAUUCGGUGUUGAUAUCCAUUGUAGAUAGUUGCGCAUAUUUACAAGAGCUAUGCUUGCGUUCAGUGAUAGGUUGCUCUGACUGGAUCUACCUGUCAGUGCUGAAACAUCUCCGACGUCUGGAUCUGUACCGCACAGACAUCGGCACCACGGCCGCUGUUGCUGUGGUGCGAGCUAAUCCACACUUGCAACAUGUUAAUGUUGGUUCUUGUAAAAUGAUAUCAUCAAUGGACGAGGUGGCCAUAGCUUUAGGCGCCAAUUGCCCUCACCUCAUCUCAGUUGACUUCUGGAAGUCGUACUCGCUGACUGCAGUCGGCAUCAGGGCACUCGGUAACUGCAGGUUGUUGCAGGAGUUGGAUGUGGGAUGGUGUCUCCAAGCGGGUAGUUCAGGUGAGUGGCUGUCGUCCCUGGCGGGUACGGAGCUGCGCAAGUUGUUCCUGGGCGCGCUACGUGGAGUCUGCGACCGGGACUUGCGCGCUCUCAUACCUCGCACACCAAAGCUGGCUCAGCUCGACCUGCUCGGUGUCAGAGCUGUCACACCUGAUAUAUGUACAGAUAUAUUAGCGCGAUGUCAAGAAUUAAGGCUGUUAGAUGUAAGCUUCUGUGAUCAGAUAUUGGAAUCUCAGGUUAACGAAUGGCGGCUACAAUACCCGCAUGUGAGUAUCAAGAGGUCAUUCCAGUCGGCGAACCUCAGCGCGCCGCCGAGCCCAAUGUUCCUAGCUCCUAGUCUAGAAUGAUACAACGCUGAACUCUGCGAUUUACUUGACAACCUCGCGUGUGUGAGAGAGACAGACUAUGAAGUAGCACUCAGAAGAACACGUGCGAGAGGGACGACUGUACAUCGCAGAGUUUGAAACACUAAGUCAAAGAUCAGAUAUGAGCGAGAGAGAUGUAAUAUCAAUGUGUAUGAAAGAGAUGAAUAUACAUGUCAGUGCUCAAUUUUGGAAUUUGACUUAAAUUUUGUGCAAUUUUGAACUUAUUUGUGGUAGUGAAAGGUUAAAUGUUAGAUUCGUGUGACUUUAAUUUACUUCAAAAAG